AUGAUAUUUGAAAAAGUGUCUUAUGAAAUGGGAAAGGUGGCUUUAGUGACCGGAGGAGAUUCAGGUAUCGGAAGGGCCGUUUGCUACGCCUUUGCUAAAGAGGGUGCAACUAUAGCCUUCACGUAUGUCAAGGGUGAUGAGGACAUAGAUGCCACUGACACCUUGAAGAUCAUCAAAGAGGCAAAAACGAGCGAGUCAAGUGAUCCAACUGCAAUAUCAACCGAUCUCGGAUACAACAAGAAUUGUCAAAACGUUGUUGAUGAGGUCAUUGCGAAAUAUGGGCGCAUCGAUGUCCUGAUUAACAAUCCAGCCGUGCA